AAAAUAGAGACCAGAAAGAGAGAGAAUGAGGAGGAAUCAGAAAAUGGAUAUUUGAAUUUUCCAAAAAAGCAACGUUGUUCGAUCUUUGCAAGUUUUUCAAAUCUCUCUUGAGGAGAUGAUUUCGGUGAGCAGCAGCGAUGCUAGAAGCGAAAUAGGGUUAGGGUUUGGUGGAAUUGAGGAAGAAGAUAUGGAGAUUGAUGAAGAUAGCGACUUUGGGGAGGAAGAAAGCACACAUUCUUAUGUUUCUUGCGUUGACCCUGACGUUGCUCUCUCUUAUAUUGAUGAGAAGCUAGAGAACGUGUUAGGACAUUUUCAAAAGGAUUUUGAAGGUGGAGUCUCAGCUGAAAAUUUAGGUGCAAAGUAUGGUGGCUAUGGUUCGUUUUUAUCUAUGUAUCAAAGAUCUCCUGCUUGUAAGAGUCCACCACAAGUUCAAAACCAAGUGGUGGGUCAAUCUAAGUGCUCAGCUUCACCUUCAAAAGCUCCCCCUCCUCCUCCUGCUUCUGAUGUUCUGGUCAAGCUGAAAAACUUGGUCAAAUCAAGUAAUGAUAGCAAACAAAAACCUGUCACCAAAACGUCUCCUUCUCCUUCUUCUUCUGCUCCAUCGAAUCAUAAGACACUCAAACUCCGUAUCAAAGUUGGUUCAAAAAGUGACCUCUCACUGAAAAACGUUUCAACCUAUAAUGGUAAACAAGGCACUCUCAAUAUGCCACCAUCGACGUCUCGGGCUAAUGGCAUCUCAGAAGUUGAAGAAGGGUUACUGAAUGGGUCGCCUACUAAGAUUCUUAUGGCUAUGGUGUCGUUCCCUUUGCAUAAAGAUCAGCUGUUAUCACCUCUCUCUGAUGAUCUUAUUCAGUUGGGAAAGAAAGGACACAUCAUGAAAGAUGCUCAAACGUGUGUGAAGAAGGAAAAUUUAGAGUAUCAUAUUGUAUCUGAUACUGAAAAAGAGGCUGAUAAACAGUCAUGUGAGGAGCUUGUUACUGAGACUAUGAAGCUUCCUCUCUUGUCCUGUCUAUCACCGUCGUCUAACCACCGGUCUAAAGAGAUUGAUAAGAUAUCAGAUUCUUAUGUGGAGGGUACAUUAAGAGGGAUGAACAACACUGACCUAGAUGCACCUUUGAUGGUUUCAAAGCCUGACCUGGAAGAUACUAAUGUAGUAGCAUUUUCAGAUCGAAGUGUUGAGGGAACUGAAAGAGUUAACACAAGAAAAGACGUGGAAGAAGGUGAAGCACUAAACUCGCCGGAAAGUAAAUCAAAGCGAGAGAAAGCUCCAGGUAUUGAACAUGUAGAAGACCCUUCUGUGGUAAAGUUUAGUAAGAGUGAGACAAAGAAUGAAGAACAAACUUUGAAGUCAAAACUUCCUAAAGCACAGAAGUCACAAAAAAGUUCAAGCAGGAAUAGUUUGAGAGGCAAGGAUGCUGGUGUAGGUAUAACUGACACGAAUCCACCAGUUAAAUUGCAAGAAGAUACUGGAUUAUCCGAAGAUGUGUUAGGAGGAAUGAAGAAUGUGGGAAUGGAACCUGAAAGUGGGACUUGUAAGAAGCCAAAGACUGGAAAAUCAAGAUUUUCUGCUGUAGACCAACCUGGAUCCAACAAAACUAUGACUACUCAAGCCGCCUCAGCUCAAAAAGUAAAGGAUAUUGGUGAGCCUUCCCCUCGUGAUGAACAUGAAGACAGAAAGAGGAAACAGAAGGAGAAUACAGAAAGUGGAGAUUGUAGGAGAGAAGCCGCAGUAAUGGAGUCAAGAAAGGAAAAGAGGCUUAAGGGUUCGAGUUUUGAUAGGGACAGAGGAGUUAGUCAGGAAAAUGGUAGAGAUAGUGCUUCUCAUCAACCUCUUACUAUGUCCUCUCCAAGUUUAUUAUGUAAGGAUUUGGGUUCUGAAAUUAUUGUCCAAGAAGCCAAAGGUUCUCUAGUUGAAUCACUAGCUCCUUCAGCUUUAGACCCACGUGAGCUUAAAUCAGAAAGAAUUUCAGAGCGGGAUAAACACCUUGAUGCUGACUCUACUGCUGGUGAUACGCGAAAAAGAUGCCGAGAAGGUGAAGGUUAUGUUACUAUGGAUAAACCAGGGACAACAAAGAAGGCUGCAGAAAGUUCCAAGGAUUGUAAUGAGCAGACCACACACUCGUGGGACAAAGAAAGAGCAGACGGUGAGAAUUGUUCGACUGACAAAUAUAUACCACAAAAGUCAGGGAGAUAUUCUGAGAGUAUAUCUCAACGAAAGAACAGAGAAGGGGGGUCAUCUGCACCGUUGAAAGAGAAUCAAAGGGGUGCAGCCAAUGAAGUGCAAGAUCUUGGCGCUGCUGUUCAAGUAAAAACAAAAGAAAGCAGAAGCAAGAAAAGACCUGCUAGAAAAGUGUCUAUGGAGAGUAAUAAAGAAGACUCAAGGGGACAUCAAGAUCCUAUUAAUAAGCUAGAUUCAAAUAGUACAGACCAAGUUGAUGUCUUGAACCACGGCAGGGAGAUAUCAACUUCAAAGACAAAGGUAAUGAGAACUGAUAACCAUGAUGUUGGUUCGCGAAGUCGAAAGCUAAACGGAAGUACACGUAAUGAUCAUGUUGGCUCAAGCCCUUUGAAAAAGGAAUAUACGAGUCAGGCUGCAUCCAACUCAAUCAAAGAGGCUACAGACUUGAAACACAUAGCUGAUCGUCUUAAGAAUGCUGGGAACAAUCACGAGAGCAUUGGUUUUUACUUUCAGGCAGCGCUUAAGUUUCUUCAUGGUGCCUCCCUUUUGGAGUCCUCUGGCACUGAGAAUGCCACACAUAAGAGCAUUGCCACAUCCAAGCAUAUCUAUGGCAGCACAGCAAAACUUUGCAAGUUCUGUGCUCAUGAAUAUGAGAAAGAUAAAGAUAUGGGGGCUGCUGCUUUGGCUUAUAAAUGUAUGGAAGUGGCUUAUCUAAGGAUAACUUAUUCCUCUCAUGGAAACAUAAACAGAUACAAAUCUGAGUUGGAAUCAUCUCUGCAAGUGAUUCCUUCAGGUGAAUCUCCUUCCUUUGCUUCUGAUGGUGAAAACCAAAACAAGACAUUGGCAGCAGAGAAGGUUGCCUUGUCCACCCCUGUGAGGUCAUCCCCUAAAGUAACCGGCAAUCAUGUUCUCACUUCAGGAAACAAUUCCUCUCUUUCACAGCUUUUGACUUUUUCGCAAAACGUAAGCCUUGCAAUGGAUGCAUCGAGAAAAGCACAGACCGCGUUUGCAGUUGCAAAGGGAAAAUGUUCAGACACCAGAUACAGUAGUAAUGGCAUAACAUCCAUCAAAAGGGCUCUUGAUUUCAGUUUUCAGGACAUGGAGAAGCUGGUGCAUGCGGUGAGGCUUGCAAUGGAAUCCAUAAACCGGUGAUCAUAUGAAUUAUGAUCACACCUUGUACAAGUAACUUUAAUUUCAUAGGGGGGUGGGUCAUACUCAGAGCGGAGAAAAGAAGAGAAGGGGAAAAGCCACGUUUGAGUUUUGCUUGGAAAAUUGAAGACUUAUUAUAAACUUGUUUCACUGCGUAAGUGUAUAGUGUUAGGACUUUAUUUGUGAGAGACUUGACGAAGAUUUAAAGUUUUAUCGUCAUGUGUUGUGCAUAUACAAUAUAGUAUAUUAGUAUAAAAGAAGUAAAGAACUUUAGGAAGAGGUUAACAAGAACUAGAACUAAAUUUACUCAACUUUUGUUUCUUUCUAUUCGUUUCAUCCAUAUUUUAUGAGACAAUAAGAUUUGAAUUAUUUUUGUAAAGAACGACAGUAAAAGAGUAACUACCACAUUUAAUAUCAGAAAAGUAUUAUUAAUUUCGUCCGAAAAGAAAAACGAAAGAGAAGAAUGUAUUAAAGACAGAAAACUAAAUAACUCUUUGACUAAGCGACAUAUUUGUAAGUGUUGGGAUUUUCAGUAUCCC